AUGGGGCACUCCAACGUGUGGAACUCGCACCCCAAGAACUACGGGCCCGGAUCCCGCGUCUGCCGGGUCUGCGCGAACCCUCAUGGACUGAUCAGGAAGUACGGACUGAUGUGCUGCAGGCAGUGCUUCCGCAGCAACGCCAAGGACAUUGGCUUCAUCAAGGUAUACGAUAUAAGCUUCAAAAUGCUGUGUGAAUGA